AUGAUACUGGGACUCGGACGACCGUCUUUCAGGCCACGACCGUCUCUGCUCGGCCUCGUCUCUGCUGCGUCGACGUCUUCUGCUGCUGCUGCUGCUGCUGGUGAUAGUGAUGGCGAUGGUGAAGCCUGCAGCGCCCUAAAGCAGCACCAAGAUCCAACUCCACCGCGCAGCUUCAACUUCGUCUUCACCACCAACAACAACAACGUCAACAACAACAACGUCAACAACAACAACGUCAACAACAACAACGUCCACGACACCACCAGCAACAACAGCUGCAGAUACAGCAAGGACGACGAGAGAGAGGAACUCGACGAGAGCGAGGACAGCCACAGCGUCGACGGCUCCGAGACAGAGAGCACAUCGUCGUCGUCUACUGCACCGAUCGAAACGAGGUCGCCGCCAGCCAUGGCACCCAAGGACUCGAAGGAGGAGGCCGGGGAUGAGCAGAAGGGAGUCGUCUUCUCCAUCUCCGGCCCUGUCAUUGUGGCAGAGAACAUGAUAGGAUGUGCCAUGUACGAGAUGGUCGGUUGCUCCUUUGACCCCCUACCCUUUGGCGGGAUGUUUACAGACCGGAUUGCUGAUUAUGAUGAUGCCUGCAGUGCCAUGUUGGAGUCGACAAAGUCGUUGGAGAAGUCAUCAGAAUCUCAGGAGACCAGGCCACCAUCCAGGUCUACGAGGAGACAGCCACUAUCCGUCGAGCUGGGCCCUGGUCUGAUGGAAACCAUCUAUGACGGAAUUCAGCGUCCUCUCAAGUCCAUCUCUGAGGUCUCCAACAGCAUCUACAUUCCCCGUGGUGUGGCCCUGCCCGCUCUUGACCGCAAGAAGAAAUGGGCCUUCAAGCCCGCCGGUCUCAAGGUCGGUGACCACAUCACUGGCGGUGAUGUCUGGGGUACCGUCUUCGAGAACAGUCUGCUUUACGACCACAAGAUUCUCCUACCUCCAAGAGCCCGAGGAACCAUCACACGUAUCUCUGGGCCCGGUGACUUUACCGUCGAGGAGAAGCUGCUAGAAGUCGAGUUCAAUGGCAAGAAGACCGAAUACAGCAUGAUGCACGUAUGGCCCGUUCGUGUUCCUCGUCCAGUUAACGAGAAGCUCGCCUCCGAUUCUCCCUUCAUCGUCGGCCAGCGAGUCUUGGAUUCUCUGUUCCCCGGUGUCCAGGGCGGUACUAUCUGUAUUCCCGGUGCUUUCGGCUGUGGAAAGACCGUCAUCAGUCAGAGUGUGUCCAAAUUCUCCAACAGUGACAUUAUCGUCUACGUCGGCUGUGGUGAGCGCGGUAACGAGAUGGCGGAAGUCUUGAUGGAUUUCCCAGAGCUUACAAUCACCAUUGAAGGACGCAAAGAGCCCAUCAUGAAGCGUACCUGCUUGAUUGCCAACACCUCCAACAUGCCUGUGGCUGCCCGUGAGGCCUCCAUCUACACCGGUAUCACCAUCGCAGAGUACUUCCGAGACCAAGGCAAGAAUGUUGCUAUGAUGGCAGACUCCAGUUCCCGUUGGGCUGAGGCUCUCCGUGAAAUUUCCGGUCGUCUAGGAGAGAUGCCUGCUGAUCAGGGUUUCCCCGCCUAUCUUGGUGCCAAACUUGCUUCUUUCUACGAGCGUGCGGGUCAGACCACUGCCUUGGGCAGCCCCGAGCGAAAAGGAAGUGUCAGCAUUGUCGGUGCCGUUAGUCCACCUGGUGGUGACUUUGCUGAUCCCGUCACCACAAGUACGCUCAACAUCGUCCAAGUCUUCUGGGGUCUCGACAAGAAGCUCGCCCAAAGAAAACACUUCCCGUCCAUCAACACUUCCAUAUCCUACAGUAAAUACACAAGCAUUCUCGACAAGUACUACGCCAAGGAGCACCCCGAGUUCCCUCGACUACGUGACAAGAUCAAGGAGCUGCUCAGUAACUCCGAAGAACUGGACCAGGUCGUGCAGCUCGUUGGAAAGUCUGCUCUUGGAGAUGCCGACAAGAUCACGCUGGACGUGGCCACCCUGCUCAAGGAAGAUUUCCUUCAGCAGAACGGAUACUCUGACUAUGACCAGUUCUGCCCCCUAUGGAAGACAGAGUACAUGAUGAAGGCCUUCGUUUCCUACUACGAGGAGAGUCAGAAGGCCAUUGCCCAGGGUCAAAGCUGGGCUAAGGUCCGAGAAGCCACCAGUGCCAUCCAGACUGCCCUCCGAAACAUGAAAUUCGAGGUCCCUGAUGACGAGAAAGAAGUCACCGCUAAGUACGAUAAAAUCCUCCAAGACAUGUCUGAAAAGUUCGCCUCGGUGUCGGAUGAGUAA